UAUAUUGGUCCUAUUUAUAUAAAAUAUCUAACCAUCAAUCAAUUUCUAAAAUAUCUCUCUCACACACACAAAAAAAUUCAAAAUGAGUGACAAUCCCAUUGAAGAAGAACAUGUUGUAUCAAUCAAUUGGGAAAUAAACAAGGCUCAACUAGAAAUGAUGCAACAAAAAAUUUCCCAACCACCAAGACUCUUAAGCGAAUCGGCUGGGCGUAGUUCAUGUUGCAUUUUUCGAGUACCUCAGAGUUUUAUUAAUGUCCAUGGUCGAUCCUACGAGCCUCAAAUAGUGUCGAUUGGUCCAUACCAUCGCGGAAAAGAUAAUGUCAAGAUGAUCGAAGAGCACAAGUGGCGAUUUUUGGGGAAUUUACUUAAGAGGACAGAAGAAAAAGGUCUAAAUUUAGAGGACUAUUUGAAGGCAAUUCAACCAUAUGAAAUGAAAGCUAGAGAAUGUUACUCUGAGGUAAUAGUUUUUGAUAGAGAUGAAUUUGUUGAAAUGUUGGUACUUGAUGGUUGUUUUAUAAUUGAACUUUUUAGAAAAAUUGGAGGGGUAAUUCCAAUUGAAAAAGAUGAUCCACUUAUCACAAUGUCUUGGAUAUAUCCAUUUUUCUUGAGGGAUUUAAUUAGACUUGAAAAUCAAAUCCCAUUUUUCAUACUUCAAUUCUUGUUUGACUUGACAAAUAUACAACAACAUGAGGAAUAUCAAUAUUCAAGUACUCCUUCAUUGUCCAAGUUGGCAUUAACUUUCUUUAACUACACACUACAAAGACCUAAUGAGGUUCUUGAAAAGUAUGUCAAUCUUGAAAGUAAACAUUUGCUUGAUUUUCUAAGAUCAAGUUACAUUUUAGCUCUUGAUGAUGAAAACCCUAAACAUAGAAGGAACAAUGCAUCUACACAUGUCAUACAAUGUAUCUCAAAGCUUCGUCGUGCGGGGAUUAAGCUAAGGCCAAGUAAAGAAGAGACAUUCUUGGCUAUAAGAUUCAACAAUAAUGGAUUCAUUGAGAUGCCAACAAUUACAAUAGAUGAUUUCAUGAGCUCAUUCUUGAUAAAUUGUGUGGCAUAUGAGCAAUGUCAUGUUGAUUGUUCAAAGCACAUGACAACUUAUGCAACAUUUCUUGAUUGUUUGGUGAACACACAAAAGGAUGUUGAGUACUUGUGUGAUUGCAACAUAUUUGAGAAUUAUUUUGGGACAGAUUUUGAGAUUGCAACAUUCAUAAACAAUCUUGGGAAAGAUGUCAUGUUUGAUAUUGAUGAGUGUUACUUGUUGGAAUUGUUUAUUAAGGUGAAUGGUUAUUAUAAGAGUAGUUGGCAUGUUCAUUGGGCAAGUUUUAAGUACACUUAUUUUAGUUCACCAUGGUCUUUUAUUUCAGCAUUGGCUGCUCUUGUGCUAUUGGUAUUGUCCAUUCUACAAACCCUUUACACCAUUUUGGGUUAUGUUCACCCUCCUCCUUGAUUUGGACUUCGGAUGGCAAAACGGACUGCGCCAGCAGAUUCGAACGACGAUUUUAGGUUGGUAACAUGGUUGAUGUGAUUUUACAGUUUUUGUAUCUCAUUUCGACCCUCGAUUCGAAAAGUUGUGAAACUGGAUUUCGGGGGUUAACUUUGUAUUUCAGCAUUGGCUACUUUUGUGCUAUUGGUAUCGUCCAUUGUACAAACCCUUUACACCAUUUUGGGUUAUGUUCACCCUCCUCCUUGAUUUGGACUUCGGAUGACAAAAAGGACUGUGCCAAUAGAUUCGAACAACGAUUUUAGGUUGGUAACAAGGUUGGUGUGGUUUUACAGUUUUUGUAUCUCAUUUCAACUCUCGGUUCGGAAAGUUGUGAAGUUGAGUUUCGAGGGUCAACUUUGUGAAAAUGAUUUUUUUUUCUUCAAAAAUAUGAUAUCGCCACUGAGUUCAGAGCAUCAAA